AUGAACGAGUCGGAGAAGGAGUCGGAGAAGGACUCGGAGAAGGAGUCGGAGAAGGAGUCGGAGAAGGAGUCGGAGAAGGAGUCGGAGAAGGAGUCGGAGAAGGAGUCGGAGAAGGAGUCGGAGAAGGAGUCGGAGAAGGAGUCGGAGAAGGAGUCGGAGAAGGAGUCGGAGAAGGAGUCGGAGAAGGAGUCGGAGAAGGAGUCGGAGAAGGAGUCGGAGAAGGAGUCGGAGAAGGAAUCGGAGAAGGAGUCGGAGAAGGAGUCGGAGAAGGAGUCGGAGAAGGAGUCGGAGAAGGAGUCGGAGAAGGAGUCGGAGAAGGAGUCGGAGAAGGAGUCGGAGAAGGAGUCGGAGAAGGAGUCGGAGAAGGAGUCGGAGAAGGAGUCGGAGAAGGAGUCGGAGAAGGAGUCGGAGAAGGAGUCGGAGAAGGAGUCGGAGAAGGAGUCGGAGAAGGAGUCGGAGAAGGAGUCGGAGAAGGAGUCGGAGAAGGAGUCGGAGAAGGAGUCGGAGAAGGAGUCGGAGAAGGAGUCGGAGAAGGAGUCGGAGAAGGAGUCGGAGAAGGAGUCGGAGAAGGAGUCGGAGAAGGAGUCGGAGAAGGAGUCGGAGAAGGAGUCGGAGAAGGAGUCGGAGAAGGAGUCGGAGAAGGAGUCGGAGAAGGAGUCGGAGAAGGAGUCGGAGAAGGAGUCGGAGAAGGAGUCGGAGAAGGAGUCGGAGAAGGAGUCGGAGAAGGAGUCGGAGAAGGAGUCGGAGAAGGAGUCGGAGAAGGAGUCGGAGAAGGAGUCGGAGAAGGAGUCGGAGAAGGAGUCGGAGAAGGAGUCGGAGAAGGAGUCGGAGAAGGAGUCGGAGAAGGAGUCGGAGAAGGAGUCGGAGAAGGAGUCGGAGAAGGAGUCGGAGAAGGAGUCGGAGAAGGAGUCGGAGAAGGAGUCGGAGAAGGAGUCGGAGAAGGAGUCGGAGAAGGAGUCGGAGAAGGAGUCGGAGAAGGAGUCGGAGAAGGAGUCGGAGAAGGAGUCGGAGAAGGAGUCGGAGAAGGAGUCGGAGAAGGAGUCGGAGAAGGAGUCGGAGAAGGAGUCGGAGAAGGAGUCGGAGAAGGAGUCGGAGAAGGAGUCGGAGAAGGAGUCGGAGAAGGAGUCGGAGAAGGAGUCGGAGAAGGAGUCGGAGAAGGAGUCGGAGAAGGAGUCGGAGAAGGAGUCGGAGAAGGAGUCGGAGAAGGAGUCGGAGAAGGAGUCGGAGAAGGAGUCGGAGAAGGAGUCGGAGAAGGAGUCGGAGAAGGAGUCGGAGAAGGAGUCGGAGAAGGAGUCGGAGAAGGAGUCGGAGAAGGAGUCGGAGAAGGAGUCGGAGAAGGAGUCGGAGAAGGAGUCGGAGAAGGAGUCGGAGAAGGAGUCGGAGAAGGAGUCGGAGAAGGAGUCGGAGAAGGAGUCGGAGAAGGAGUCGGAGAAGGAGUCGGAGAAGGAGUCGGAGAAGGAGUCGGAGAAGGAGUCGGAGAAGGAGUCGGAGAAGGAGUCGGAGAAGGAGUCGGAGAAGGAGUCGGAGAAGGAGUCGGAGAAGGAGUCGGAGAAGGAGUCGGAGAAGGAGUCGGAGAAGGAGUCGGAGAAGGAGUCGGAGAAGGAGUCGGAGAAGGAGUCGGAGAAGGAGUCGGAGAAGGAGUCGGAGAAGGAGUCGGAGAAGGAGUCGGAGAAGGAGUCGGAGAAGGAGUCGGAGAAGGAGUCGGAGAAGGAGUCGGAGAAGGAGUCGGAGAAGGAGUCGGAGAAGGAGUCGGAGAAGGAGUCGGAGAAGGAGUCGGAGAAGGAGUCGGAGAAGGAGUCGGAGAAGGAGUCGGAGAAGGAGUCGGAGAAGGAGUCGGAGAAGGAGUCGGAGAAGGAGUCGGAGAAGGAGUCGGAAUAG